AUGGCGUACAUGUGCACAGAGAGUGGAAAUCUAAUGGCGAUUGCUCAGCAAGUCAUCAAACAGAAGCAGCAACAGGAGCAACAGCAGCAGCAAACUCACCAUCUCACUCUCAACCCUUUCUGCCACUCACCCUGGUCGCCCUCCUCCUCCUCCGCCGCCGCCUCCCACCAGCAGGCCCCACCUGCCUAUGGCCUCGCCUCGGGAUUCCCAGACCCGUUCCCAGGACCCGAAUCCGCCGAGCCCGGGUUCCACUUCCCCAGUCUCGACCCCCACUCGGGUGGCUUCCGCUUCUCGGACCUGUGCGGCGCUCCCGGCGGCGAUUUCGACUCCGAUGAGUGGAUGGAGAGCUUGAUGGGCGGCGGAGACUCUACGGAAAGCUCCAAUUUGCCGGCGGAUUGCGACGCGUGGCGCACCGGCCACGAGUUCGCCCACCUCUACCCGGCCGAUCCCUUCCCGGGUCGACUCAGCAUCAACUCGCCUCCUCCGUCCGACCUCAACCGAGUUAUCUUCUCCGAGCCCCCGCCGUCCUCUGCCUGGACGGCACACCCUUCCUCCGCCCCGCUCCCACCCGCUCCGUCGACAACCCUGCCGGAAUCUAAACCCGUAGUCGCCACGAAAGACGCCACCGCAGCUUCCAUUAGUUCGCCUGAAACCUCGCCCAAAGCGAAUCCAAUCCUGAAAAGCCUAAUUGGCUGCGCUCGCAUCUCCGAGUCCGACCCGGAUUCCGCCGUGAAAUCACUGAUCCAGCUGCAGAAAUCGGUCUCCCAGCACGGAGAUCCAUUAGAGCGGGUCUCUUUCUACUUCUCCGAAGCCCUCCACUGCAGAAUCUCGGAGAAAGCGGCCACCAUCUAUGACACCACUUCCGAAGAGUUCACUCUAUCCUACAAAACCCUCAACGACGCCUGCCCCUAUUCAAAAUUCGCCCAUUUGACAGCCAACCAAGCAAUCUUAGAAGCCACCGAAAACGCCACCAAGAUCCACAUAGUCGAUUUCGGCAUAGUCCAAGGAAUCCAAUGGGCCGCCUUCCUCCAAGCCCUGGCGACCCGGCCCGCCGGAAAACCUGAAAGGAUCCGGAUCUCCGGCAUACCCGCCCCGUCUCUAGGGAACUCCCCGGCGGCAUCCCUCAUGGCCACCGGCAACCGGCUGAGAGAUUUUGCCAAGCUUCUGGAUCUGAACUUUGAGUUUGAACCGGUUCUGGUCCCCGUUCAUGAGCUAAAAGGGUCGAGCUUCCGGGUCGAACCGGAUGAGGUUCUAGCAGUGAACUUUAUGCUCCAGCUGUACAAUCUGCUUGACGAGAGCAGCCAAGGAGUCGAGCUUGCUCUCGGGCUUGCGAAAUCUCUGAACCCACAUGUGGUCACUUUGGGCGAAUAUGAGGUGAGUGUAAAUCGGGUCGGGUUCCUGCACCGGUUCAAGAACGCGCUCAAAUACUACACAGCCAUCUUUGAGUCCCUCGAGCCAACCCUUGGCCGGGACUCAGCCGAGCGGCUCCAGGUGGAGAGGCUGCUGCUAGGGCGCAGGAUAGCGGGCCUGGUGGGCCCGGAGGAACAGAAAAGGGAGCGGAUGGAGGAUAAGGAGAGCUGGAGGUUUCUGAUGGAGGGGGCUGGGUUCGAGCCGCUUGCAUUUAGCCAUUAUGCGCUCAGCCAAGCCAAAAUACUACUCUGGAAAUACAGCAACAGCACGCUGUACAAGCUUAUUGACUCGAGUCCUCCGGGCUUUCUGUCCUUGGCUUGGAGUGAUGUCCCAAUACUUACAGUCUCGUCUUGGCGCUGA